ACAACAAACAGUGGUUUCAUUCAUGGUUGCAAUGUGACAAAAUAUACAAACACAUACAUAUACAUACAUUUAACUCCAUGGAAACCAACGUGCAUUGUUUACUUGCUUCUUCUUUUUUACUACAGCCGUUUCUACAAGCAACCGGAUUGAUUUACAGAAUUUUAUCAAUAGUGUUGGUAUCUUUAUGUUUUUGUACUUGUUACUUAUCGCCAGUCGGAUUCCGUCUCCUGUACAGAGGGCGGCAGUAAUUCCCCGCCACACACACACACAAAACAGCGGAAGAAGAGCAAGAAGAAGCUCCUAGCAAGUUUGGGCUUUAUUUAUAUCAGUUUCAUUGUUUUGAAUUAGUUAUAUAGGAUGAGUUAAAAAUGGAAACAGUGACAUCCGACUCCUCAGCAUGUGAUAAGCAAGAAUCCGCAAUUCCUGAAGCAUGCUGUUUGACGCGGAUCGGAAGCAAUGCAGACUGGCUUCUGUUGCCGGAGAAUCAAGAGAUCAAGAUUGGACGUGGUGUAGACGUCACCUACCAGCUCGUAUCACCGUCUUGCCCUCUGAUGAUCUCCAGACUGCACUGUUGCUUCAAGCAAAAGGGAGAUGGGCAUUGGACUGUCACAGACAAAAUGAGUCUAAAUGGCGUGUGGGUGAAUGGGAUACGCAUACCUGCGGAGAGAGCCCACCGACUCCGCCUGGGGGACUCCAUAAAGCUUGGUGUUGCUGCGGCUGGAGCCCAAGUGGAGCAUGAGUAUAUAUUUGUCAGACGGCCCCUCAAAGAACUAGAACCCCACCUGGCGCAGGUGUGCAGUCCGAGUCCCAAGGCGGUCCCUGUGGCCAAUACCAGCAAAAGGAAGUUCAGCACGGAUGAAACGGAGCCGUCCACCUCCUCAAAGCAGAAGCUUUAUCGCGGCUCCGUGCCAAACACUUCCUGCUCCGCGCCGGGCCUGGAUACAGAACCUAGACAGAGGGCCAGGCCGCCGUCGGAGGGCACGCCGGGCCUGGAUACAGAACCUAGACAGAGGGCCAGGCCGCCGUCGGAGGGCCCGCCGCUUCACGCUGGGAAACGGCAGGACGCCAUCGUGAUCUCUGACGACUCCAACAGUCCCAGCGAACGGGACAAUCUUCAGAUGUUCAGCCAGAACCUCCUGACCCUGCGGGCGCGAGUCAAGGGCACCCAGAAGCAGUUGGCCACGCUGGAGGGCACGUCCCAGCAGGGGGACGCCUCCCAGGAGGCCCAGGUCAGGGAGCUGCAGGGCCAGCUGGGGGCGCUGCGCACCAAGACGCAGCACAUGGAGAUGCUGGAGAAGUCCUUCAGCCAGACCAGAGCACAACUGGCACAGAAGACAAAGCAGGAAGAAGAGGUCUUAAAGAAACAACUAGAAGACGCCUUACAGGAGCAAAGGAACGUCAUGGAGGAGCUCGCCCAUUCUCGGCAAGGCUUUGAACAAGUCCUUUUGGCGAAGAACAGGGAGCUAGAACUUACCAAAGAGGAGAAGGAGAAGGAGAGGGCCAAGAAAGAGCAAGUGGUCACGCAGAUGACGGAGGUGAUGGAAAAUGAGCUCCAGUGUAUCAUUUGUUCCGAGCUCUUCAUUCAGGCUUACGUGCUGAACUGCAGUCACAUCUUCUGCCUGUACUGCAUCGGCGAGUGGCGCAAGCGCAAAGACGAGUGUCCCAUCUGCCGCCAGACGAUCCGCUCGCAGACGCGCUGCCUUGCUGUGGAUAACUUCAUCGACAGCAUGGUGCAGAACCUCAGCGCCGACACCAAGACCCGGAGACAGGUGAUCGUCAACGAGAGGGAAGGUGAGAGGAGCCACGCCUCCGGAGGUGACGGUGAUCCAAGAUGACAGCAGCACGACCAGCAGCAGCAGCAGCAGCAGCGGCUCCAGCGGGAGCAGCCUGGACAGCGGCAGCGAGUCGGACAGCGACGCGGCGGACGGGGAGGUGGAGAACAUCAGCCCUGCGGACGGCAGCAUCCACCUGGACAGCUCGGGGGACGGCACGGUGGAAUCGGUGGGCACGGACAGCAGUCAUCAGAGCCUAGACCUCAGCCCUUCCACCAGCAACAUCUCGGGGGGCGAUGACAGCUUUUAUAAUUGGUGAAAGGCCUGGGUGGGCUGGGGGUUAAAGGCCGAUCGCAAGGCACCAGAAGCACGUGGACUCCGACGUGCGCUCGCUCGAGCAGCGAGGGGACGUUUUUGUGACGCAUAAGGAUUCCGACCUUCGCUGCAGUUUUCGGUUCUUCAACAGAAAGAAUCGAGCGGUUGAACAAAAUAGUAUGAAUUAUUAUUUGAAUUAUUAUGUUCUUGUUUUCUUCAGCUGUUUUCGUCCGCUCAACAAUGUGAUUGGCCGUUGGUGCAAUUUUCUGCUCCUCUGUGGACUUUUCUGUUAUUUUGGUUUGUGCUUUGUAGUAUUUAUGCUGUGGUCAUGAUGAAUGGAAACGAGUAAAAGUUUGUUUGUAUUUCGUGACGCAAUUGUGAAACAUGUUAAACUUAAAGGAAUUGUACAAUCAGGACCCAUGCUCUACUUGCUAGGUUAUAGGUCGACACAAGGUGGCGCCUGAUCAUCAAAACCUUAUUCACUAAUGUAAUGUAUACUUUUUUGCCUAAUGCAAAAGGAAAAGAGACUGCAGCCAUGUUUUAACAAUAUCUAUAAAUACAAACUCUGCAGCCUCCUUGAUUUCCUCGACUAAAAGAAAAUCAUGAAUUGAACUUGCCAAAGCUGUGAGAUAUGAGAAAACAUUUGUAAGCAUAAAGUAAAAUGUGAUGUUUGGUAUUCA